AUGAUGAUGAUGAGAGCGUGACCUCACCGCUUUCCGCACAGCUGCUGGAGAGCGGGGGAGACGCACGGAGAGCGGAGCGAACAACAUAAACACGCCGAGGGAGACAGCGAGAGAGAGGCGCGGAACAGCGGAGAACAUUCACAACUCAGCGGGGAACCGCUCGGCACGAGGGAACACCGUCGUCGCAGGGCGUCCGUGGACUGCUUCCCAGCCAGUCCGCCUCCCAGAAUGUUCUGUGCCCCCGGUUCUUUUCUACGGUACACGAAACAGUCGCCGCGGCGUCCCCACGAACACUGAAGCCCAGAUGCUCACCCUCUCCGCCGACAUGGACGAGUCCUCGUCACUGCUGGAUCUGCUGGAGUGUUCGGUGUGCCUGGAGCGCCUGGACACCACGGCUAAGGUGCUGCCGUGCCAGCACACCUUCUGCCGCCGCUGCCUGGAGAACAUUGUCAGCUCCCGGAACGAGCUCCGCUGCCCGGAGUGCCGCAUCCUGGUGGACUGCGGGGUGGACGACCUGCCCGCUAACAUCCUCCUGGUUCGCCUCCUGGAUGGUAUCAAGCAGCGGCCCCAGCGAGGAAGCGGAGGAGGAGGGGGAGUAGGAGCGGGAGGCAGGCAGUCCCUAGCCGGGGGCUCGCUGCAGGGGUACGCAGCCGGGAUAUCCGCCUCUCCUCCGGGCACAGCGAUCAGGGAGCUUCCCGUGGCCACCAGGAGCUCUCCUGCUAAGAAUAUCCCAGCGCUACCUUGCGGCAAAGCCCUCUAUUCUUAUGAGGGCAAGGAACCGGGCGACCUCCAGUUUUCCAAAGGUGACAUCAUCAUCCUGCGACGCAAGGUGGAUGACAACUGGUACCACGGCGAGCUCAAUGGUUGUCAUGGUUUCUUGCCUGCUAGUUACAUCCAGCUGCUGCGUCCCCUGAGCCAAACUCCACCCCAGGGCAAAGCGUUGUAUGACUUUGAGGUCAAAGACAAGGACCAGGAUAAAGACUGUCUGGCCUUCAGCAAGGAUGAGGUGCUGACAGUAAUCAGGCGAGUAGAUGAGAACUGGGCAGAAGGCAUGCUGGGAGACAAGAUUGGCAUCUUCCCAAUUCUUUAUGUGGAGUUAAAUGAAACAGCCAAGCAGUUGAUGGAGAUUGACAAACCUAUACCAGCUAAUGCACCGGGUCCGAGCUCUGAGCCGGCCCCGUUGGGCCCCUGCCCUUCCGGGCCCUCCCCAAGCGCGUCCCCGUCUAAUGGAAACGGCUUUGGCCAUCGGAGAGGCGAAGGAAAGAAGAACGCCAAGAAGCGCCAUUCGUUUACCGCUCUAUCCGUCAGCCAGAGGGCUGCCCAGCUCAACAACAGACACAGCAUGGAGAUCUCCCACCCAGUCCUCAUCAGCUCCUCUGACCCCAGAGCGGCUGCACGCAUCCAGGAUGCGUCUCCCCCAGGUCCAUCUCCCUCCUCGGCAGGGGUGCUGGUGCCCCCCAAAGUGGCAUCCAUAACCUCUGAGCUGUUGGCCCAUGCCAAGGUUCAGCUCCCACUCAACAUAUACUUGGCAUUAUAUGCCUACAAACCCCAGAAGGCUGACGAGCUGGAGCUUAGAAAAGGGGAGAUGUAUCGGGUGACAGAGAAGUGUCAAGACGGAUGGUUCAAAGGCACGUCACUGAGAACUGCUGCCUCUGGCGUCUUCCCGGGAAACUAUGUCACUCCUGUGUCCAGGGCUCCAUUUGGAGUUGGUGCUACUCGGAGCUCGUGUUUGUCCAGCCCAGGAGGAGGAAGUGGCUGCAGUCAGGUGGCAAGUAAAAUCUUAGACCCCUCGUCUCCAGGAUCCCCGGGGCCCUCUUCGUCCCGUCCUGGCACCCCACUGGUAAACUCAGCCAACGCUGUUAACAGCAUCAGUCCCGCCUCUUCGCCACAAACUGCUGCCGCCCAGCUGAAAAACUGCCUGCGCUCCAGCCAGCAUACGGUCAACCAAGCACGCACCUCAAUGCAGCUGGUCCACAGUCCCUCUGCUGCAAGCCCGGAACGCCCCACGGUGGCCAUAUCUCCCCUUCGUUCUCAGAGCUCCUCCCCGUCGCGCUGCCCUGGCCAAUCGGGUCGUCCUCUCUCCAUGGUGUCUCCGGGACCCAGCUUAGGGCCCUCGCCCCUCUCUUCCCCGGCUUCGCGCCCCAUCCUCCCCCUCUCCUCCCCUCUCUCCUGCCUCACGCCUCCGAACGUGUCCGCGGUGCUCCUCAACGGAGAGUCAGCCAGUCCACUGCAACCGCCAUCGCCGGGCCCCUCGCACACCCCAGCCCAAGGCGUCCUCGCGCCAAAAGCAGAGAAGCCUCUGCACAGAAAGUCCGGUUCCCUGGAUACCAACUUCCCCAUGUCACCCCCGGCAACACGUGCUGGCAAUGCUCUGAUGGUCCUCCGACCUGAACCCAAACCCCUGUCCAGAGAGAGAGAGAUUAAAAAGUUAACCAAGGUAAUAUUUGGAUAUGUGCGAGAGCAGAACACUGACAAUAUCGCAAAUACUGCGAGUAAAUGA